AUGUCUUGCUCUUAUAGUCUAAAUGAAUCUGUCACAGAUGUUGUAGAGAACCACCUGGCCACCAUUGAGGAGAGAGAGAAAAAAUUAGGAUUCAGACCCCAGAAGGAGAUAAUUUACAAUGCACUACUGCCCUACGCCAGCCUUAUUGAUGAGGAAUCUAACACACAGCUGGCCGAGAUUAAGGCCCAGUUAGGUAGGGCAAUCAUACUUAGGGACUUGAAAGUUGCAGGGCUUCAUUGGAUAGGACAACUGUCAAAAUAUACUAGGCUUAAUGGGAUGAAGUUUUCUAUGGAAGACCACAUCAAUUUCAUAAAUUUACUGUUCGAGGUGUUAGUAACCCCAGGCAUGGAGUACUCACUGAUACAGAGAUACGCAACAUCGCUGACUACCUUGCUUAGGAAAAAGGAGCUGAUACCUCGAAGGAUGCUAGUGUUAGAUUGGAAAUUGUUAUACAGAUUGAUGGAAGGCGCAAUCAACAAUCGUUACGAGUACAAUGGUCUCAUCUCCUUACCCGAGAAUAUUGAAGCAAUUUUAAAGAGCCUUAUCAAGGCGGCUAGAGUUUAUUUCUCGGUGGACUGCACAAAAGAAAUGCUGGACGAAUGGAGGCCGUUGAUGUGUCCAUUUGAUACGAGCAUGUCCAGGGCUAUGUAUAAUUUUGAGUUGUUCCUACCUACAUUGCUAUACCCUGAAGAAUACGAUAGAAGUGUUGGGUUAUGGUUUGAUGAGUUCAUGAGUUUUUAUUGCAAUUGCGUCAGUUGUCCUCCAUGGGAGCUGAACAUUGUGAACUUGCUGACGAGGUUGGCUCAUGAUUGUGUUGGAUACAUUAACUGGGAACCGUAUCUAGAUCAGAUCUUCACUAGAUUUCUUCGAAGUUUCUGCCUGCCAGUUGGUAGCAAAAAAAUGGAAGUGAGUAGGAGUAUGGACUGUUACGACGUCAACUACAUUGCUCGCUGGAUUGUCUACAUGCUGGUUGGUUGGUUGUCUGGCACACAGACCCACAUAAGCAAAUUAAUGAAGGCCCUAGAAUCAUUCUACCAUCCAUCCAAUCACGGCCAGUGGUCUAAUAAAAUGCUCAAGUUCCUAUCUAGAAUUUCACUGGAAUUCGUGAGAAGAUUGCAAAAAAAAACGUGGGAGCCGGAAAUUCCCCAGGAUGUGCGCCUAACUGAAAGUGACAUCACUAAUUUCGUCGAAUGCCUGUCGCCAUCUUUGAUGUCGGCCAUGUUUAGUAAGAGCGGAAGUGCUGAGGCUGCAAAUACGUUUAAAAAUCUGGCCAUGUGCAGACCGGAGUUGGUCAUCCCGCCUUUACUUGAUUGGACUUACGCGGCUUUAGAAACUCUGACGGAACCACACAGACUGAUAUCUUGCCUGCAAUGCACAAAUUCUGUCAUCAGAUCUAUGAUGAUAUAUUGCGAGAGAUAUCCCGAAGGAAGGCUCCAUGUUAUCCCACUCCUGAGACUCGUACUGCCCGGGAUCGAUCCCAACGAUAUCAAGAAAAGCCUGAUGACCUUCCAGUUAAUAAGCAUGUUGGUCUCCCUCCUACCAAUAGUGGACUCGUCCAACGCCUCCGAAUACUAUCCAAACUUAACGGAGGUUCACGAAAGGGAGCUGUGUUCUGCAACGUCUGAGUUUGAAGGUGUCGUAUUGCUCUUCUUCGACAGGGUGAUAUCGUUGAUAGAGAGCAGUAGCCAUCAGCACACGAGAACGGACAGUUCCGCCCAGCACAGGAUGUCAACUGAAGAGGUGACCUUGGAGUUGUGCGUCAUAUCUAGCUCCAACGCCAUACUCUCACAAACCUCACUGCCUAUCUUCCAAGUUUUGUUGAAGAAGAUUCACAAUUUCGCCAUCGGAUCUGUGUUCGAGAUCAAAGUUGCUGGAAGGUUCGCCUCCAAACUGGUAAAGGCGGCUGUAAAGGCUCAGCCCCGUUUGACCCUUGCCAAGUUCAUGCCCCACUGCUCUGAUUUGAUCGUCAAGAGACUGACAGCGGAGGAUCUGUCUAAGGAAGAGCAUGUAGAUAAUGAGAUACUCUGGCAUCUCAUGAUCAUCUCCGAGAUAUCUUCCUUCAACGGCCUUGAGUUAGUGAAGUUCAGGGACAACAUCCUGAGCAUCCUUGACCUUACUUUAGAGUUCAAGUGUAAGGAGGUUAUUGAACUCUCUGGCAUUUUGUUGCGUAACGUUCUCUGGGCGCUUAGCUCCAUAUACGCCCUGGAUUUUAGGUGCACUGUUCGGGAUUGGGACCAGCAUGUCAAGGAUUUCUUGCCUAUUAAUGUCUGGGGAAGGUCGUCCGAUAUUUAUAAUUUGGGCAUGAAGUGGCACGAACCGACGGACACUGAGAAAGAGUUCGUGUCCGAAAUACUGCAAAGAUACAUGAUGAGACAACUCGAGAAGAUUAAAAAUUAUUGCUCUGCGAACGAUUCCGAUAUGGAGAGAGAAGAACUCCAGAACCGACUGAACAUCAUCGAGCAUUGUGUGUUUGGGGCUUGUUCCCUCCUACCCGCUUGGGAGGAUGAAGCCGUUAACCUGUUAGUAGUAGUAGCAGCAGCAGUAGCAACAGCAGUAGCAGGAGUAGUAGCAGGAGUAGUAUUAAUGGUAGUAGUAGUAGUAGUAGUAGCCACAGCAGCAGUAAUUGUAAUAGCUGCAAUAAUGCUGGCCAAAUCCGAAGACGAUACGAAGAAUCUUAUCAUCAUCAUCAAAAUCAUGAAUCUUCUAAUGCACGUGUUCAGUUCGUCGAAGGAUGAUUUCGAUGGUAGAUGGAAGGCCAGGCGUCAUAUUAAGAACGCCAUGGAAAAUAAGUUGCUAGGGAAAAAAAGGCACAUAAGAACAUUGCUAGUAGACAGGAUUCAACUUCAACACGAGCUUAGGGCAACCUGCCAAUCAGUGAAGCACUUCACCAAGUUGCAUAGGGACAUCUUCAAAGACCUUCUACUACUGUCCGUCAGCCAUUAUAUGGAGGUACGCAAGGCGGCCCAAGCUUCUCUCAAUAAGGGUUUCAGGGUGUUCAUAUACUCUUACAGGUCUGUCUUGGAUGAUAUAGUCGGCUACCUGGUCGACAAUCCUGACAUUGACGUUGAGCACCAUCAGUUCAAGGGAGCGCUCUACGUGAUACUGGGCGAAAAUAAGCAAUCCCUAAUCACUAAACGUAGUUGGGAGGUGAUGGGGAAGUUGUGGCCGGCCAUCAUUCGAACUCCCCACUGUGAAAAACCUUCCGUCAACAACCUGUACGAUAGCAUUAUGGCUCAACUUCACAAAGAUUUCGAGACCAUUGAAUUGAUUAUGAAGGUAACCCCCAAAUGCAUAGAACUGGCACGUACCAUUUGGGAUAAUAAGGGUGGACCAGCUUGUUUAGUGGGUCGACCGAGUGAAAAAGAAAUGAAUGAAGCUGUUUUAUGGGAAGAGAGAAGAAAUGAAGAAAAUUUAAAGAACUACUACAAUCUUGUGUCUGAGCUUGUCAACAUCGCCAAUAAUGAAAACUUAUUUUGGAAAUUCCAGCAAGUCUGUUUUGAUCUCCUCUCUCUUCUCAUUCGCUACGACGUCAGAUUUCCCGCCAACGCCGUUAAACUCUUCGUCGACAACCUCAACAACAGCAUGAUAAACGCUCGCAGGACGUCCGUGUUAUCAAUAUCGGCCAUACUGAAGCAGCAGAAACGUAUUCAUCCGCUCAUGGUCAUAGAUCCUAACUCGUCAACUUUACCGCGAAAAGCUAUUGAAGUUACCACUACUACUUCUGCCACUACUACUACUACUGCUACUACUACAGCUGCAGCUCCUGCAGCAGCUGUUACUACUUCUUCGAUGGCUAGUGAUAGCAAUUAUACUACUGCGGUUGGCUAUUCUAAUGCGGAUAGUACUACUACUACUGCUUAUAACAGUACUUGCAUGGCUUUUAUUAAUGGCACUAUGGCGCCAAUCUGCAAUGAUGACGUUUCUUCAAUACAUGGUGUUGUUAAUAGCCGGAGAACUUGUGUUAACGGUCAUGUCAAACACGUGCCCCCGUCGAACAACAAGUGGCUGAUGUACUGUGACCAUGAGAUUCCUACCGACGCUAAGUCGUACGACGAAUUCGCCUUCGUGUGCAAGACCCACAUCGGGUAUUAUGAUUGGCCCAAACCGCUAACCUGCUACCAGCCGUCAGCUAAGCAGCCGAAAUUAGGUCGUCAGAGGUCGGAAUUGUUGGAGGACGAACUGCCCGUUUACGACGCCUUCAAUGACGUCAAUUUCGUGACCCAGUUCAUGGAGUACGCCACAUUGGAGGAAAAUAAGGGUAAAGAUAAAUACAGGCCCCUGAUGUUCAUAUUUUUUAAGGGACUAUUCAGGAAUUACGAUGAUACGGUUCUAGGCGCUUUGAAACCCCUAGUGGAGAGAUUAGUGUCCGAUACGAAUCCAGAGAGCCACGAAACCAGCCACCGGUGUGCCGCAGAGAUCUUUACAGGACUCUUGAGGGGCAGCAAACAUUGGACCUUCGAUAAACGCGAGAAGCUCUGGCAGUGGUUGUUGCCGGUUUUGAAGCAGGUCUUGUCCAGUCUGUCGGUGGAGUCUAUCAAGGACUGGGGGACGGCUAUAGCCACUGCUAGUGCAAAUCAAGAUCCAAGAAAAUUGAAGCCUUUGUUUGAGUUGCUGAUGGAGAAUCCUUUGAAUGAAGUUGGUGGGUCUUUCGGAGAUUCCAGCCGUCUCUAUCUACUCCAGGCCGCCAUAGUCCAGCAGGAGUGGCGCGUCUCCGAGUUGAGCCACCGACUGCUGAAAUAUCUUUCCAAUCACCUCAUGCAUCCCUACAAAAAUGUUAGGGACCGGAUCGCUAGUUUCCUCAGUAACCUCUUCCUGUUCGACGUGAAGCUUUACCCAAACUACCCCGCCACCACAAGCCCACAAAUGAACGACUUCAUCGAUCAGCUGCUGCCGCUACUGCUUCAACUACUGACCAUUGCCGCUAAGACCACUGCCGAUGAUGACGAUGAUGACGAAUAUCAGCAGCAGCAGCAGUUGCAGCAGCAGCAGCAGUUGCAGCAGCAGCAGCAUGGUCAAAAGCAACCUCAAAAAGAAACCAGCAACGCGAAUACCUCUGGAGAUGGCCGUCGCAAGAUUCUCAUCAGACUCUGUAAAACUGUGUUGAAAAUGUUGAAUUGCGUCUUCACGAGGAUGUACCAAACUGACAAGCCGGCUCCAUUCAAGUUAUUGCCUGUCAUUGCUACACUGGAGGGCGACAUAAGUGAUGUUGACUUGAGUAGGGAGUGUUCACUUACGAUGGCCGUCAUGAGCAACGGCCUGCUGACCAACGAGCAGAUUAUCAACCGUGUCUUUCUCUCUAUCGAAGAAGUCAGCUUGAUGCCCUCGUGGCGCGCCAGAUCAACCUCACUAAUCUUCCUGCAGAGGUGCACAUUUCAAAACUUCUUCGUCCUUCAGGAGUCAAAGUUCAUCGAGAAGGUCAAGGGCAUUCUAUUGCCGAGGCUUUUAGACGAACAUGUUGAGGUAGUUAGAGAGUUGGCAGGUGUGACGUUUUCUGGAUUGUUCCAGUGUGGAUACCUUCAAGUCGACUCAUUUCUCUUGAACCAUUUUAAGCAUCUGGCCUCCACAAAAUUAGUCAGCAAGAAGAAAAAAAACAGAACGGAUGUUGUUGUGGCUGCUGCUACAGCUACUACUGCUACUACAGCUGCUGUUACAGCUACUACAUCUGUCGCUACAACCACGUCAGCUGCGAUGUCAAAAAUACUCAAACCAGAAGACUUAGAUUCAGAGGACUCAAGUAUUUUUACUGAUAUUGCUCCGACCAAUGAUAGGCUGAAAGAGGCCUCUAGCCACGCUUUCCUAUUGGCUGACGGCCAGCAGUAUCCAGCUGCUAUCAGCCCAGCAGUUGCCCAAGCUGCUGUUACCGAGUACGCCAUCUUGAAACGUCAUGCCGGUGUUAUCGGGAUGUGUUCGUGUGUGAGCGCGUCACCUUACGACGUACCGGCCUACGUUCCUGACCUGCUAAUGCUGCUCAGUGAACACCUGAAUGACCCACAACCAAUACAGAUGACAGCGAAGAAGACACUGGCCGGCUUCAAGAGGACUCACUUGGACAACUGGCACGACUUGAAACAGAAGUUCACCGACGACCAACUCGCCAUACUUACCGAGUUACUAGUCUCUCCAAAUUACUAUGCCUAAUUUUGGAGGAAAAGCGAGAGAGAGAGAGAGGAAAAGAAAGAGAGAGAGAGAGAGCCAUAAUUGUUAUACCUAAUUUGAGAGUUUAAGAGAAAAAAUUUAGGAAAUUGACAAAACGCACUCAGCUUUUAACAAUGUUUCUUAUCAUUAAAAAUGUCGGUGUUAUAUCGUACGAAUUAUUGUUAUUAUUGUGUUUAUUAUUCUUAUUUAUUAUUAUUAUUAAUUUUAUUAUUAAUAUUAUUGAAGAUAAUGAUGAUUAAUAAGCUUUUUUUUAUCUAUCUAUUUACAUCAAUUUAUUUUAUUGAACGAAAAAGAUAGUGACGUACACUUUUUCAUGUCUUGAAUAUAUAUAUAUAUAUAUAUAUAUAGUAUCAUGGUUUUUAGUGAUUGAUUAAUUUCAUAAAGCCCUGCGUUCAAUUCAUAUAUAUAUAUAUAUAUAUAUAUAUAUAUAAUAUAUAUAUAUAUAUGUAUAUAAGGGCAAUAAUAUUAUUAGCUACAAUUAUUGAUGAAAUAAUAUUAACUGACUAAAUAGUAAAUUUUGUAUUUUUGCCUUCAGAAAUAAAAAUUUCAUUUUAAAGGCAC